GAAAAUUUGGAACAAAUCCAAUUGAAGAUACGUUAGAUUACAAACCUCCAAAAAAACUGACGUUCAGCAUUCAAAUUUACAACUAGUUCUGCAGACCAUCCUACUUUUCGUCUGAAAUGGGCUCUACUUCCGGAGACUCCCCACCAUCCAUCCAACGCCGCGCAGUGGCGAUUGCAUAUCCUGGAAGAGGCCACAUCAACCCCAUGAUGAACUUCUGCAUCCAACUAGCUUCCAAGCAACCUGAUUGGCUCAUCACCUUUGUUGUCACUGAGGAGUGGCUAGGAUUUCUAAGCUCCGAAACAGGGCUGCCACCUAACAUUAGUUUCGGUACCAUUCCUAAUGUCUUACCAUCUGAGCUGGUUCGAGCUGCUGAUCAUUCGGGUUUCUAUAAAGCAAUAUUAACGAAGAUGGAAGAGCCGGUGGAGUGCUUGAUUCGCCAGCUGGACUCGAGGCCUCUGGUAAUUAUUUACGAUUAUUUUCUGUCUUGGGUACCAGGGCUAGGGAACAAGAGGAAUAUCCCGGUGGCUGCACUUUCUCCGAUGUCGGCUCGGAUGUUUUCGAUGUUCAUGCACCAUCAUCUUCUUGUACAAAAUGGUGAUCUCCCAGUUCACAACAUGUCAGAGCAAGGAGAGAAUGAGGUAGAUUACAUUCCUGGUGUACCUUCGACUCGCGUACUAGAUCUUCCCUCAUCAUUUCAUGAAAGUGGUCAAGCAAUCCUGCCUGGAAUUCUUGAAGCUAUGUCAAUGGUGAAGGAAACACAGUGUAUUCUAUUUACUUCCUUUUACGAGCUUGAACAACAAACCAUCGAUGCUCUGAGAGCUGAGCUUUCCAUGCCUGUCUAUGUCAUUGGUCCGGCAAUCCCUGACUUCAAACUCAAACAAAACUUGUCGACUAAUAUUGAUGCCCCUCAUUAUAUCAAAUGGCUAGACAAUCAGCCUAAUAAUUCUGUCCUGUACAUUUCUCAAGGGAGUUUUCUUUCUGUUUCAAGUGUUCAAUUGGACGAAAUUGUUGCUGGGGUUCUUGAUAGUGGGGUGAGAUAUUUCUGGGUAACUAAAACGGAAGCUUCUCGGGUUAGUGGUGAGAAGGGGUUGGUUGUGCCCUGGUGUGAUCAGUUAAGAGUCUUGUGUCAUCCUUCUGUUGGCGGUUUUUGGUCACAUUGUGGUUGGAAUUCUACUAAAGAAGGUGUGUUUGCUGGUGUUCCAAUGCUAACUUUCCCUAUAAUCUUUGAUCAAAACAUGAAUAGUAAUGCCAUUGUUGAUGAUUGGAAGACUGGAUGGAGAGUCAAGAGAUCAACUGCAGUUGAAAAGUUAGUAACAAGGAACGAAAUUGCUGGACUUGUAAAGAGGUUUAUGGACUUGGAAAGCGAAGAAGGGAAAAUGAUGAGGAAAAGAGUGAAGGAACUUGAAGAGAUUGCUCGCCAAGCUACUGCAGAAGGCGGAUCAUCUGAGAAUGACAUCGAUGCUUUCAUUCAGGACAUUUUGGAAUCGGACAGGGAUUAAGCUUCUCUGCAUGUUUGCCAGAUGAACACCAGAUUAUUCGAAUAAAUUUCAGUAUCAUCAGUUUAUUUGUGUUAACUCCCUUUACAGGAGACUGAAAACAUUAAUCUUGUCGAAAGCAAAACAUUACUUGUUU